AUGCUGACAGCCCGUCGAGCCAAAAGUCGUCUUCUUCCCGGUUGCCGUGCCAGGGGGCUGCCUCCCAAGCGUCCUGUUGAUCACCAAAUAUAUGUACCGGCGAGACUACGAACCUCCCUGCUGAUAAACCUGGACUCCACAGUGCGAUUGCAACACACCACCCUUGAAGCGCUGGGCUCCUCCCUAAAUUUUUCGACGCUUUACGUAGAAGCCGGUCUUUUCCAGAUAAGGUUUGCACCAAAAACGGACAGGUGCAACAGUCCUUCGGGACUGCCCAGCAUGGCGCAUAUUCGUGGCGCCCGAGUUCGCCGACGUGGCACAGCCGCUCAAAGCAUAUGGCACUACCUGAACUCCACCGCCUGCGUCCGCUGUGAAGCAGCUCAAACCGCAGCUAGUCGAAUACACGGUUCGCCCAAUUUCCGACUCCGCCAGACCUAA